AAUUUCUACUGUAUUUAUUUGAUAACAUGCAUCCCUGCUAUGAAUCAGAAAAUGCCACUUAUACUUUUACAAACAACCCUUCCAUUGCCUGUGUUAUAUUGUAUAUUUUCCUUGGUUCAUUGUCUGUUGUCACAAUAUUCGGAAACCUUCUUGUAACAAUUGCCAUAAUUUACUUCAAACAGCUUCACACGCCUACUAACUACCUCAUCCUGUCUCUGGCUGUGGCUGACCUGCUUGUAGGAGUUUUAGUUUUCCCUUUCAGCAUGGCCUUCACUGUUACUUUGUGUCUGGAUCAUGAAGAUUUAUUUUGCAAAAUACGCGAUAGCUUUGAUGUGUCACUAUGCACAUCUUCUAUUCUAAACUUGUGCUGCAUUUCCAUAGAGAGAUAUUAUGCAGUUUGUCAGCCUCUGAAUUACAGAUCAAAAAUAAAUACUCAAGUUACAAUGUUUAUGAUACUGGUGAGCUGGGGCAUUUCUGUAUUAAUUGGAAUUUGCAUUAUAAUUGCAGGAUUCAGCCAAGGUAUGUGUGAAGAAGUGUGCUCUGUUGAUGUUGUAAUUGCAAACACUAUGGGACCUGUUUUCUCAUUUUACCUUCCAGCAAUCAUUAUGCUUUGUAUAUACCUAAAGAUUUUCCUUGUUGCACAGAAACAAGUAAGCACCAUCCAAAAUGCAAUCUGUACAAAAUCUGGAGCAACUAUUAGUAAGCUAGAAAGAAAGGCCACAAAAACGCUGUCUAUUGUCAUGGGAGUGUUUCUUUUAUGUUUGAGUCCUUACUUUAUUUGUGUUGUCUUUCAGCCUUUAGCUCAUAAUCCCCCACCGAUUCCUGUGAUUGAAACACUUAACUGGCUUACGUUGUCAAAUUCAAUGUUAAAUCCAUUAAUUUAUGCUUUCUUUUAUAGCUGGUUUAGGUCAGCUUACAGAUUGAUUGUUUCUGGAACAAUACUUCAUUGUAAUUUGGCUAACUCAAAAUUGUUUUAAUUUUAACAGCCAUGAAUGUGUAUAUGUGUGUAAUAGCCAUGAACGUGUGCAUAUGUGUAACAACCAUGAAUCUGUAUAUGUGCAUCCAGGGACUAAUUCAGACUACUCUGGACUUUAUCUUCAACAUCAGCUAAAGUUUCUCCGUCAGCCCUUGGCACUUCUCUAUUUGUCUCAAGGUCUUUCCUUCAGACAUUGCUGUACACUGGGAUCAUCUUACUUCUUCUGCUCCUUGUCUGAUUGGUUGACCAGCAGCUGCUUGUUUGUUUGGAACUUGAAGUCUCAACCACAUUAAAG